CCUAGGGUUUGUAUAAAUACCGCGGCACAUGUAGAUACGCUACUGUAGGUUGCAGACUUAACUUUAACUAUGGUUUUGAUUUGGACUCAGUUUGGUUUGAAACACAAAAACCUUAAGUGUAAGGUUCGUGUUAUACACAGAGAUGACAGCUGGAUAAUGGGGCAAGCACGGGUGGUCCCAGAAGUGCACUGUCUGUCCAUCAAGGCCAUGGGGAAAGACUACUACAAAAUCUUGGGGAUCCAGUCUGGCUCCAAUGAAGAUGAGAUUAAAAAGGCUUACAGAAAGAUGGCCCUCAAAUUCCACCCAGACAAGAACAAGGAUGCCAACGCUGAGGAGAAGUUCAAGGAGAUCGCCGAAGCCUAUGAGGUGCUGAGCGACCCAAAGAAGAGGACAAUCUAUGACCAGUACGGAGAGGAAGGUCUCAAAGCUGGAGGUGGUGGGCCCACUGGAGGGCAGGGGAACACAUAUCACUACACCUUCCAUGGGGACCCCCACGCCACAUUUGCCUCCUUUUUUGGGGGGUCUAGCCCCUUUGACAUCUUCUUCGGUUCAGGACGCACCCGGGGCAACACCAAUGGCUUUGGAGACCACGACAUUGAAAUUGAAGUGGAUGGAGACGAUGACCCUUUCAAUGCCUUUAGCCGCUUCAACUUUAACGGCAUCAAUGGUUUCCACCACGGCCCCGGGGCUGGCAAACAACACCAUGCAGAGGCCCUCCACGGUCGCCGUAAGGUCCAAGACCCGCCAGUGGUGCAUGACCUGUGUGUCACCCUGGAGGAGAUCCUCCACGGCUGCACCAAGCGCAUGAAGAUCACCCGCCGCCGCCUCAAUCCCGACGGCAGGACCCUGCGCACAGAGGACAAGAUCCUCAACAUCGUCAUCAAGAAGGGCUGGAAGGAGGGGACCAAGAUCACCUUCCCCAAAGAGGGCGACGAGACGCCGGAGAACAUCCCAGCCGACAUCGCCUUCAUCCUCAAGGACAAAGGGCACCCGCACUUCAAGAGAGACAGUUCCAAUAUAAUCUACAUUGCCAAGAUCAGUCUCAAAGAGGCUUUGUGUGGUUGCACGGUGAACAUUCCGACCCUCGACAACAGAGUGAUUCCCCUUCCAUGCAGUGAUGUCAUCAAGCCUGGCGCAGUCAAGAGACUGCGAGGGGAGGGGCUGCCCUUCCCCAGGAGCCCCUCACAGCGAGGGGACUUGAUAGUGGAGUUCCAGGUGCGCUUCCCAGACAGGAUACCCCCACAGUCAAAAGAAAUCAUCAAACAGAACCUGCCUGUGUCUUAGGAUCAUGGGUGCACUGUGGAAUUCUGGGAAUUGCAGGGAAGAAUUUUUUUCUUUCUUUCACAGACACCGAUAUUUAUUCAGAAGGCAAACUGAGAAAAUGGCCACAGAACUGUUGAGGUGAUUUGUUCUUUUGUGUAACAUCUCUUGAAGGACUGGGUGGUUGUAUAAGGCUGUGCUCCUGAGCUUGCUGCUCUUUUGCAGGGUACACUAUCAGUCCUUUUUUUCCUAAAGGACUUGUUGCAACUGUUCCUUUCCUCUUGAAUCUUUUCUGUGAGAGGAGUUUGAGGACAGAUUUUUAUUUGUAUAGGAUAAAAAGUAAAGAGUACUCGACAGUGAAAGCAAGAUGAAUGCUGUGACAUGUAUGUUGUCUGUGCAGUUUUGUUCUUUUCUCAGCUAAAUGCUGUUUAUGAUAUGGGCAAAUGUAUGCUCGUGUGACUAUUAUACAAAAUAGAUAUUGUGUGUAAAUGUUUUGAAUAUCAGAUCAUUUGCAGUAAAAGACUACAACACUAGGGCGUAGUCAUCCCAAACCUGGUCAACUACUGUCCAAUUCAAUUUCAGGCCCAAAUUAAUGCCAGAAAGGCCUACAGUUAAAAAGGUGCUUAGUUCCCUGUGGCCUGGGUUCAUUUCCGAAUGAUAAGCCAGUCUUAGCUGCCUUAAACUUCCCUUGGUUUUUAAGCCGGGUCAAGCAUCAGAGAUUUUAGGUGCCUUAUUUUGGCUCACACCAGCAGCCCUCAAUAGGCCUACAAUUGUCAGGCAUCAGGUGUAUUUCACGUUUUGGGGAAAGUACAACAAAAAAAACCUGAGAAUAAAUAUGUAAGAAGCCAUGCUUCCUAUCUACUACAGUAGGUUAGUGUUUUAUUGUGUACUGAUCCUGAGGUACCAUCUGUGCUUUUUAUUCUCAUGGUGUUCAGUUUUAGGAUGUGGAAAGUGAAAUGAUUCUCCCAUCCUGACCUCAACCCGUGUAACAGGCAACAUCAUGAACAAUGCUAAAUAUACCUGACUGAUGACAGGCCAUUGGUAUCGACAAGGUACCCGUCAAUUUCCACGAAUGCUAAAUAUUUGACGAGUUUCUUUAGUUAACUGAAGGCAUGUAUUCCCAUAAGACUGCAUGUCUUUUUCUUUAAAUGAAAACGAGUAGCUGUCUCUUAAUAUAAUAAACAAAGGGAUCCAUUGAUAUGUUCACUUUUCACUCAGCUGCAAUUCCCUCACUGGUGACACAAAAAAAAGUCCAAGGCACCUUGGAGCAUUGCUUAGUUUGCCCCUCGUUGUUCCCACCAUGUUCGUUGCGCUUCAGUUUUGGCAUUCAGCAGAGACACUGUGUGGGUCUAAAGUGCAAAAUGUCUUGGUUUUAAUCUUAUUGCAACGACUGUUGUGUGACUGUUAUGUAAAGGGAAUACAGCCUCCCUUGGAGGCACACAGACUCAGCAGUCAGCUGAGGCAACCCUUGUUCAUGCUGGUGCAACUGCCCAUUAAUAUGAGCAGCGCCUGUCAUCUGUGGUUCCCUCACUUCCUGUCAAGCAGCAAGGGACUUGGAAAAGGCCCCUGGUUUAGCUCUUCGCUUCAACUAUAUAUGUGACAUGUAAGACUUAUUGCUGUAUGUUGUUCAGAUUGCACCAUUUUAAGUCAACUGUCAACAUGUUUAAUGUUUAUAACGAACAGUAAAUUUGGUUAAAUAUAUUUCUUGCUAAGUUUGACAGGUUUCCUUUGUAAAACAAUAUUCCAACUUUUUAUGGAAUGUCUAUCAAAGGUCUUGUAUUACUCUUUCCCAUAGAUUUUUAACAAUAAAAGACUGAUGUAUACAAAAUUGCAACAUAUGUUAAAACAAUCCGCAACCUUUGUUGUUUUGAAGGGUGGACAUAUAAGCUUUAAAGUGUUGGUAUACUCUGGCACAUACAGAAUAUGGGCCCCUGUGUACUUUUGUACAUUCAUUUCAGUAUUAUAUACAAAACAAUUGCACUUUACAAUGAAUCUGUUUUCACCUUUCUUAAGGCUGAUAGGUGUCAAAUGCAGUCAAGAAAUGCAUUGGUUUUCAUACGCUUUGUAACAUGAAAUACAGCAAUGAGGGUUUGUAGUUAAAAUAUUAAAAACAUAAAACCUG